AUGGAUAAGGGUAAAAGUCUUCGAGACGCCGAACGAAAGACUAAGCUAGUCUUCAACCUCGAGUCGCCCUUUACUUCUGCUCAUUGGCCAGAGAUUUCGAAGGAUGACCAAGAUUCGAUCUUAGAUUUGCUGUGCAGCUUGGUCGAAACAAUUGGCCAGCAUCGCACAAGUCAUGGUACGAAAUCGCAGGGGAAACGGAGCAAAAGGCAAAAUAAGAAGGAUAAAAUAUCUCAAGUAAACGAGCCACCGCCUGUGCCGCCGCCGGAACUAUGCUCCCAUGUCACGAUUGGACUUAACAGCACUACUCGCCAUCUAGAGAGUCUGACGCAGAGUGCCAUUCCUUCCACGGUGGAGCUUUCCAACCAGACAGCGCAACAUGUGACGAGCAUCUCCUCAAAUGAUCCAAACCAGCCUUCUUCGUCAUUGACUCCCCUUGCGGCCGUGUUCGUCGUUCGGUCUUCGCAGCCUUCCACGCUUCAUGCCCAGCUUCCUCUGCUAUGCGCCACUGCUUCUCUAGCAUCUCCUUCAAAGAGCCCUACUCUUUUGGUGACACUUCCCAGAGGUGCUGAACAACGCCUUUCAACAGCGCUUGGCCAUCCUCGCGUUGGAUUCAUUGGGAUCAUGGAGGAUGCCCCCCAUGCAGCACCUUUACUUGACUACGUACGAAGCCAUGUCUCUCCAGUGAGGGUUCCGUGGUUAGAAGAAACAGGCAAAGGCAAUUAUCUUCCUGUGCAAGUCCGAUCCCUCAAGACCUUUGCACCUGUAGUAAAGAAGAGGGAGAACAGUGACAAGGCAGCGCAAGCGCUCCCUAAGCGGCCGAAGACCUCUACAUGA